AUGUCUGGAAAAGGGAAGAGGCGAAGCGCCAGGUUGCUCAAGCUCGAGGAGCAGAAGAAUGAUGACAAGGAUGGUGGCUGCAUCCUAGAUCCCUGGCACAUCAUCCGGAAUAGCUUCUCCUGCGCCGCGCAAGGGAAGAGAAAAAGGAAUGACCAAGUCCAGGUAAAAAUUUCCAUCAAAGCUAUGAAUUUGUUUUCUCUCUCCCGGUUGAUCUGUUCAUUCAUCUACAUCUUUCUUCACAAGUUACAGGGAGAAGCUUCGUGUGGCCAAGAGAUCGAUGCGGCAUAUACCGAUAACAUGUCAGGCAAGGACGCGACAUCGGAGCAGAUCAUCGACUACAUUCUCAACAUGCUGGAGCUGAGAGACAGACUUGAGUUGUUUGCGAUGCCGGAUGACAUCCAGGUGGGUGAUUGCACGGAACGGGUAGAGAGGCCCGGCGAUUUCGCGACGUUAAGGCAGAAGAACACAGAUGGCACCUACAAGACGCUAGAGCAAUUCGAGAAGGAUGUGUACAUGGUGUUCCAGAAGGCAAUGUCCAUAAACAGCCAGGACACCAUACCUUACAAAGAGGCCGUGGCGUUGCUGGAUCAAGCCAAGCAGGUUUUCCUGUCCCUCAAGAAGAACCGGAUGUACUCCGAGUCGGACCUCCUGGCCUGGCGUCACAAGCAACUCGACGCCGGGCCCAGCAAGGCAGCGAGAGAUCAACAAGGCGGCGAUGCUGCUGUUACACCUGCACAGCAGCGGCCCAGCAUCACGCCGCUGAGGAAGAAGGCCGGCGAGAAGAAACACCAGAUCGGCAAGGGAGGAAUCAGAAGCACGCCAUCGCCGGUAAAGAGAGCAAGAAAAGGGUUCGCAGCAGCGACAACGGAACCUGGUGGCGCCAGGGAGCUCAAAAGGAGGCUCACUUACAACGAUGUCGCUGGUCGGGCAACGCCGGUGACGCUGCCGCCGCCUGCCUUCCGAGAUGGGCAAGCUACCGUCGUUUAUCAACAUGCGCAGGUGCAGGGAGGGCACACGUACCAGGAAAGCCUCCGGCGCUACGUGCGGGACGCAGGGCUCAAGGCAAGGCUGGCCACCGAGUUUAAGAUCCUCGAAUGUGACACUCGGGGCAGGCACAACCCCUCGCCGGCCUCCUACUGGAACGGUUUCGCCCCCAACGCCGGCACCUACUACCCCUCAAGUGCCGCCGCCGCCGCCUCCACCGCGCUCCGCACAAUGUCACCGGCGUCCGGUGGCGAGCGGCCUUUUCCGGAUUGCAAGCUGGAGACGGACGACCUGCUCAGCCUCGUCAUGCUCAUGGGCACGCCCGCCUUCUUGGAGAGAGCUAAGCACAUGUUUGGUUACACGGCCGCUGAGGACAGCUCCAAGGUGACCAGAGCGGCCGGCGACGCAAAGGUCGCCGUCACAGAAGCGCCACAGACGAGUGAGCCAGGCGAUCCGGCGGCAGCCACUUUCGGACCGUUCGCUCCGCCCAAGUUGCCCCUUAGCCGGCUGGGCUUCAGCCAGUUCGCCGGCUCUUCGGCCCAGCCGUUCAUGGUGAAGUCGAAUUCUGCCGGGGAGAAGAGACGAGAAUGA